GUACGCCCCAUCUGGCACAACUAUCAACGGGUAAAGAAUGAAGGACGGAUCUUGUGGUUAACAUUCACCACCCUCUCUGACUAUCUGUGGCUUUUGCGUGCAGCCACUCAGUGCCUGCAGCAGCGAGCACCUAAGGCCUUACUGUAUUUGGCUGCGGCUGUGUCCGAUUUUUACAUUCCACAAGACAAGAUAUCUGAGCACAAGAUCCACACGUCAAGUGGCCCACUGACUGUGACCCUCCAGCUGGUGCCCAAGAUGCUAAGCCCUUUAGUGUCCAUCUGGGGUCCUGAGCUCUUCGUGGUGUCCUUCAAGUUGGAGACGGAUGAGAAGAAGUUGAUUGAGAAGGCCACGGAGGCUCUGCAGAAGUACAAGCACGACCUGGUCAUCGGCAACCUCCUGCAGACGCGGCGCGAGGAGGUUACCUUUGUCACGGAGAAGGAGAGCAGCCUCCUGAGACUGACUGAGCACCAGAAGGCAGAGAAGAUUGAGAUUGAGAAGCUCAUUGUUGACGAGGUGGUCAGUAGGCAUAAAAAUUUUAUUAAGUAUUAGGAUUGUAGGUUCAAUAUUUUAGCAAUGAAAUUACAUAUGUAUAUUUAGAAUUAUUUAGUUUGCAGGUAUCUUCAUCAGAGAAGGAAGCAGAGACAGUAAGGGUAUUGCUUGUGAUAUUUUUUAUGUAAAAUGUUAUGAAUCCACAAAUGUGAUCUAUUCAGAUUAUUAUUAUUAUUAUCAUUAUUAUUAUUACUACUGUAAUUAAAUGUACAUUAUUA